AAAUUCAUCUGCAUUUGAGAGGAGAUGGCUCAAUGUGAGACGUAGUCAUUUAAGUUAUUCUAAUUUAAAGUUAUUGCGUGUUUUAUCAAUUUAAUCAAAGUCUAUAUGAGAAUGUGCUAAGUUUUUUUUUGAUUUUUCCUUCUAUGACCUUAUCAUUGCGAGAUGUCUGGUAUUUGUGUCUACCAUAAAUAGUCUUAUAUGACGCAAUUUAAAUUUAAUUUGAUUUUAAUCUUGUUAAGAUGAAGAUUUGUGGUAAAACUGAAAGUGUUUUCGUCUUCAGUUCGAGUAGUCCCAACAUCUAUGGAGUUUCAAUUAGAUAGCGGCGAAUACUGCCAGGCCCAGCACAAAUAAAAAGGGAAAAGAGUAAUUAAAAAAAUAAACGUUCUGAAAAAAUUAAUAAUUGUAUAGUGGUAUAACAAAUUUAUAAAGACAAAGAAAUUAACGUGGUGUGAAGUGGAGCAACAAGGGUGUGAUCCUGGUAUUAGAGACACUUUCAGCCACAGAUUUUUUUGUUUCAAAGUAUAAGGUAUAUAGAAAAAAAAAGUGAUAGUGUUGUUUUGUGUAUUAAUUGAGUGAAAGUCGUUUUGUUUAUCAACCAAAACCUCCAUAAAUAUGUCAAAGGAGUGAGAAAGUAAAAAAAAAAAGAAAAAGAAACAAGACGAAGCAAAAAAAUUGGUGCAUAUCAGAGGAUAAAAAAAAAACAAGGAGAACGCUUGUUCAACACCCCCGCCCCUAAUUAAGAAGAUUGAAGAAGAAGAAAAAAUUCAAGAAGUCGUAACAUUCGGUUUACGGAAUCAAGCGUACUUCUUGGAUUAAAAUGCGGUAUAUAUUUUUGGUAAAGAGCGAUUGAGAGAGAAAAAUUCAAUUGAAGAGAAAACAUAAAUAGGUUUGCUAGAAGGCAUUUUUUUCUGCGAAGUGUGUAAAAAGAUUAGAAUUGAGAAUUGCUAAAAUAAUUCAAAUUUAAAACAAUCAUAUAGUUUUUCCUUCUCAAUUUCUUUUUUCUUUUUGUAAUUGUGUAUUGUGAUAAGUUUAUUUUUUCAACUGGUUUCAUUUCCCUUUUCUCAUACAUAUACACAUAUUUUUUUUAAUCUCUCUAAAUAUGUUUUUUCUCAUUUAAUUUUUUCUUUUUAUUUAAAAUAAAAUAAAUUACACACAAGGAUUUAUAAUUUUUUUUAGAUAGACAAUUUUUUUUUAAUGACGUCCUAUUAAAUUGCAAAGGAAAAGAUAAGAACAUCACAUUUUUUAAACGGAAAGGAAGAGGUUUAAAGUGUUAGAAGUGUUUUUUAACAAAUUAUUUCUCAAAAAAAAAAAACACAGUAAAGAAGAAUUAUUGUGAAAACAGAAAACCAAAAGAUAUAUAAAGUUUUGCUGAGAAUCGUAAAGUAACAGAGAAAAUAAAAGUUUAAAUUUUUGAGGAAAUUUUUUUUCCAAAAGAGUGUCUUUGAGGGAAAGUAAACUAAAAGCGCAAGAGACACCAAAAAAAAAAACAAAUUUUUGGUAAUUUUCCUGGAGUUACGGUGGAAUGAGCAGCAUCAUGCGUCAGAAGGAUAUUCGACCAGCACCAGCCCGGAUUGAGUUCAAGGGCAUGAAAUUCUUGAUCACUGAUCGGCCAUCGGAUCUCACAAUCCACUCCUAUAUUCUUGAACUGAAGAAACACGAUGUGAGCACUGUGGUGAGAGUAUGUGAGCCAUCGUAUAAGAUUGACGAGCUCAAGACACAGGGCAUUGUGGUUCGUGAUUUGGCCUUUGAAGAUGGAACAUUCCCACCACAGAAUGUCGUGGAUGAGUGGUUCGAAAUUCUCAGACAGAAGUACCAAGAGAAUCCCGAAGCAUGCGUCGCUGUGCAUUGUGUGGCUGGACUCGGAAGGGCUCCGGUGCUUGUGGCUCUGGCAUUGAUUGAAUUGGGUCUCAAAUAUGAAGCAGCUGUUGAAUUGAUUCGAGACAAACGUCGAGGUGCUAUAAACUCCAAGCAGUUGUCCUACUUGGAAAAGUAUAAGCCCAAAUCUCGUCUCAAGCACAAGAAUGGCCACAAGAAUUCGUGCAGCGUGCAAUAAAUAUCAGAAAAACCCACCAGGCAAAGUGUUCAUUUUUUAAACUGAUUAUAACUUACUACUUUAACAAAAGAAGAUGAAGUAAAAAAAAAAAGAUAAAGAAGGGGAAAAAAGAAUAAUAUGAGGAGGAAAAAAACCUAUUUACCUAAAAGAUUUAAAAAAAAGUGGAUGGUCAAGGAAGGAUAUAAAAUGAAAGUUUAAAAAAAAUAUGAGGAUUCAACAUUCAAUAUUUUGCCAUUUUGGUUUUUUGUUUUUUGAGAAAUUUUCAUAAAUUUCAAUUUCUACACUUUUACUAUUUCUUCUACUGCGAGAAAAAAAGGAUAAUUGUAAAGAUAAAAUUGUCUAUAUAAAAAAAAAGAAAACAAGAAAUUGUAAAAAAAAACCUCCUAAAACACAUUAUUAAAUACAAAAGUAAAUAAUAAAAAAAAGAAACAGACACGCCAGAAGAGCAGGAAUAUUUUUUAAAGCAAACUGUAUUUCUUUAUUGCAAUUUAAAAAAAAAUAAAUAAAUAAAAAAGAUAAACUGUGCAAAAGAUAAAAAUAUUUUCUACUCAUUUUCAGUGCACUCAAGUGUUGCAUCUAAUGAAAACUUUUUUUUAAAAGGAAAACUUUCAGACAAAAAAAACAAUCACUACACACCAAAAUAGCUGAGAAAAAAAUGAAUGCAUUUGUCAGAUUAAAAAAAAUAAUAGUUUUUAAGAAAGUGAGAAAAAAAGAGAAUUAAAAGGGAAAAUUCUGUUGAAAAUAAGAAAAAAAAAUGUGGUCAUUGCUUUUUUCUUUUUUGAAACAUGUCGCCAAUAAUUCUAUAACAAAAUAUGAUUUAAAAAAAAUAUUUUUAAAAGAAUAUAUCUCAAUGCUACAAGAUGAAAAAAUAUUAUCAACUAAAAAAAAAACAAGAAUAAAUAAAUUUAAGGUAAAGAAUGAGAAAAUAUUUUUUUCAAUGUGUUUUUUUUUUAAAUGAAUUUUUGAAAAUAAGUAUAUAGUCAAAAAAAAGUGAAACCCUAAAUAGAAUAAUUGCUAUUUUUUAUUAUUUAAAAAAAAAUGAAUCCAAGCAUAGGCGAGUUUUUAAAUGCUAUAUAUAUUUCUUUUUACAUAGGACACUAUGAAAUGAUAAAUAGAACAGGAAAAGAAAAUAAAAGAAAACCAAAAAAAAAGGAACUACAAUCACCAAUUAGUUGAAUUUCUACCGCAAUACAAAGAAAAAAAUAGGAAAGUUUCUUGGAAUUGAAUAAAAUCUUUUCUAAGAAGCAUAAAAACGGAAAAUAUUUCUAUUUUUCCUUUCCGCAACUGCAGGGAAAUUUUCAAAAAAGAAAAUUAUAUUAAAAAAAAUAAAAAAAUAAAAUAAAGUCCUGAAUAAUUUUGUAUAAUUUUGAUCUCUAAAAAUAAAUUAAUCUGUAUGUGAAAAUUUUCAUUGAAAAGCCAGAAACCAUUAAAAAAAAAAGCUUUUCUUUACUGAAUAAAUUGAGAAAAAAAUUAAUAAUAAAAAAUUGGUAAUUUUUUCCCUGAAAAAAAAGGCCCAAAAAAUUAUAAAUUUAAGAGAAAAAAAUCGCUUCUUAACGAUUUCAAGUGAAACAAAAUUUUUAAUUAAGUGCAGAAAAAAACUAUUUGCUGAUAAUGAAUUAAUAAAAAAAAUGUGGUUAUAUUGAACGACUUUUUAUAAUGACUAAGUGAAGAAAAAAAAAUAAAAGGAAACUCUAUUAAGAAGAAAAUCUUUAAAUAACAAAAUAGUAAAGUGACUGACUGUAUUGCUGUAUUGUAAAUUUGUUAGUCCAAUUUUAUUUAUAUAUAUAUAAAAAAAAGAGGAAGAACGGAAAUAAAUAAUGCAAGAGUUUAAUGCGAAAGGAGAAAAAAAAUUGCAACAUCUAAAACAGAAAUGGCGAAUGAAUUUUGUUUGGAAAGACGGAAAGGAAGAAAAUAUGAUCACAAUGAACACUAUUUGCAAUCUCAAAAACUCACUAAAGUGCUUUUUUUUGUGGGCUUUGUGGGUGUUUUUAAAAAAUUAUUACACAUUUAAAAAGAAACAUUUUCUAAAACGAGAGAGAAAAAUAUAAAUCGAUUUAUUGAAAGAAAUUCAGAAGAAAACCACCAAAGAUAGUUCUAUCUUUUGGUAACAUUUUUUUUUUCUAAUUUCUAAUUUCAUUUCGAGAAAGGAAUAACUUCUAGUUCUUUACACAGACACACAAAAAGUCGCUUAGACCUUUUUUUUUGUGGAAAAUGUACGCCGUCUUUCUUAACAAUGAGUUUUUCUCUCAUCAUCCAAAAGAAAAACAUGAUAGGCAAUUUUAUGAAUUAUUGUAAUAAAAAUAAAUACUAAUAAAUAUAUACCAAACCAUGAAAAA